UACAGCGGAAAUGUGCAGACGCUUUUAGACUGAAGCACAGAAAACGAGAAACAAACAGAACUAGGACCAGGAGAUGGACCGGGAUCAGAACCAGGACCAGGAUCAGAUCCAGGGUCGGGACCAGAUCCAGGAUCAGAUCCAGGAUCAGAUCCAGGAUCAGAUCCAGGACCGGGAUCAGAACCAGGACCAGGAGUCCAGCAGGACCAAAGCGGACUCUUCCUCCGCUGGUCUGCAGAAACAUAAAGCCAAAGAGAGAAAAAAUAGGAGGGAUAAAGUCCUCACCACUCUACCAGGUCUGAAGGUCCGAAAGAGGAUUCAUACUGAAGAGAAACUGUACAACUGUGAACAGUGUGGGCGAGCUUUUACCCGACAAGAUCAUCUAAGGAGUCAUCAGCGUAUCCACACUGGAGAAAAGCCAUACAAAUGUGAUCAGUGUGGGGCAGCUUUUACCGAACAAGGUCAUCUAAGGAGUCAUCGGCGUAUCUACACUGGAGAAAAGCCAUACAAAUGUGAUCAGUGUGGGGCAGCUUUUACCGAACAAGGUCACCUAAGGCGUCAUCAGCGUAUUCACACUGGGGAUAAACCUUACAAAUGUGAUCAGUGUGGGGCAGCUUUUACCAGGUCAGGUAAUCUAAGGAGUCAUCAGCGUAUUCACACUGGAGAAAAGCCGUACAAAUGUGAUCAGUGUGGGGCAGCUUUUACCAGGUCAGGUAGUCUAAGGAGUCAUCAGCGUAUUCACAAUGGGGAUAAGCCUUAUAGAUGUGAUCAGUGUGGGGCAGCCUUUACCAUGUCAGGUAAUCUAAGGAGUCAUCAGCGUAUUCACACUGGAGAAAAGCCGUACAAAUGUGAUCAGUGUGGGGCAGCUUUUACCGAACAAGGUCAUCUAAGGUGUCAUCAGCGUAUUCACACUGGAUUUAAGCCUUACAGAUGUGAUCAGUGUGGGGCAGCUUUUACCCAACAAGAUAAUCUAAGGUGUCAUCAGCGUGUUCACACUGGAUUUAAGCCUUACAGAUGUGAUCAGUGUGGGGCAGCUUUUACCCGACAAGGUGAUCUAAGGCGUCAUCAGCGUAUUCACACUGGAGAUAAGCCUUACAGAUGUCAUCAGUGUGGGGCAGCUUUUACCCAACAAUGUGAUCUAAGGAGUCAUCAGCGUAUUCACACUGGAGAGAAGCCUUACAGAUGUGAUCAGUGUGGGGCAGCUUUUACCAUGUCAUGUAAUCUAAAGCGUCAUCAGCGUAUUCACACUGGAGAUAAGCCUUACAGCUGUGAUCAGUGUGGGGCAGCUUUUACCGAACAAGGUCACCUAAGGUGUCAUCAGCGUAUUCACACUGGAUUUAAGCCUUACAGAUGUGAUCAGUGUGGGGCAGCUUUUACCCAACAAGUUAAUCUAAGGAGUCAUCAGCGUAUUCACACUGGAUAAGAAAUUGUCUGUUAUCAGUGUGGUGCAGCUUUUACUCAGAGAGCUCAGUUAAAGGUACCAAUUUAGACAUCAUGUUCUGAGAAAAAAAGAAAUCCGGAGUUUUGUUUUCAGUUUCAACUGAAAAAUGUGUUUAUCUUACCGUAUUUUCACGAUCAUAAGGCGCAUAUUCUUCUUUUAUAGUCUUUUUUUUUUCUUUAUAAAAUGUAUGGCGCGCCCAAUGUGUGUUGUUAUUGUAAGG